CUCGCACUGUAGAGUGCAGUCUUGUGUGUUCUUGGGGUUUCUGAGGAAAUAUGAACGAACAAAAGAAAAGGUAAGAGAGAGAAGACGAAAGUGAAAAAGCCCAAAUGCUUUUUGGGUGUUGAUUUGCUGCAAUAAAAGCUUAAAGCUUUAAAGCUUAAACCCCACUCCUCCAUAUUGUUUUUACUUUAUACUUUCAUCAGAUCUUUUUCAUAUUUCUAUACUGAAUGAACUCGGCUUAAACCGUUCAUCAAUAAUCAAGUAGUCUGCGAAGUCUGAAUAAUUUGGUUGUGUAUAAUGAGCAACACAACCACUAGUGGUUCUGGUAGUAGAAGUACUAUGAAGACAUUUGAGUUUGGAAGGACCCAUGUGGUCAGGCCUAAAGGACAACACCAGGCUACCAUAGUUUGGCUGCACGGUCUUGGUGACAAGGGCUCAAGCUGGUCCCAGCUCCUGGAAACCCUUCCUCUUCCAAAUAUUAAAUGGAUUUGCCCAACUGCUCCAACAAGACCAGUAGCAAUAUUUGGUGGAUUUCCAUGCACUGCUUGGUUUGAUGUGGGAGAUAUUUCAGAAGAUGGUCCUGAUGACUUGGAGGGCCUGGAUGCUUCAGCUGCACAUGUUGCCAAUCUUUUGUCAACAGAACCUGCUGAUAUCAAACUUGGUGUUGGUGGCUUCAGCAUGGGUGCUGCGACUGCCCUCUACUCAGCCACAUGCCGUGUUAUAGGACAAUAUGGAAACGGAAAUUUGUAUCCUGUCAACCUAAAUGCAGUUGUUGGUCUAAGUGGCUGGCUUCCAUGCGCAAGGACUUUGAGGAGCCGCAUGGAAGGAUCACAUGAAGCUGCAAGGCAUGCAGCAUCCUUGCCUGUUCUGGUCUGUCACGGUUUAGGUGAUGAUGUGGUUGCAUACAAGCACGGAGAGAAAUCAGCACAGACCUUAAAUUCAGCUGGAUUUCGAAAUCUUACAUUUAAAGCAUACAAUGGGCUGGGUCACUACACAGUCCCUGAAGAGACAGAUGAAGUCUGUAAUUGGCUAACCGCAAGGUUGAGGCUGGAGGGUUCAUAUUCAUAAAGGUAAAAAAGUUGGUGAGAAACAUGAAGAUGCCAAAGUAACAAACUAGGGUUAGACAAGGCACUCAUGAGUAGAUGCUUGGUAUGGGGGGUUAUAGGGUAUAAUGCGGCGUUCAAUUUAUUAUUGUUCCUCGCUGUUAUCAGUCUUCCUAAAUAAACUGAUUUUGUAAUUUUCCCUUUUGUUUUCAUUUUAUUCCCUUUGGUUUGUCUUUUAGUACGAGUUACUUGUGGUUGGAUAUUGGGCAACUCUCCUUGCAAUUUUCGCUAUGGGAAUAGGAGGAUAGUGAAGAAGGGUAAGCUUGGAUCAAAUUCUGUGGUUCCUUGAUUAAGGAAAUUUUAUGAAUUACUAUUAGUCAAGAAUAGUUAUUUGUAAGGAUGAUGCCUGACGUCGGAUGCAUUACCUGAUGCAUAAUAAAAUGUGGAUAUGGGCUUGCUUCA